CAGGCAGGAGUGGAGGACAGCUUCUAAGAACAGGUUGUGAAAGGAGAACAAAAGACAUGAACGGUCUGCCAUCUUAUCUCUAUCCCAGGUCUUGGUGCCACCUUGACAGGAGGAACGUCACGAAUUGAGGUGAGGGAGGCAGUUCUCUUCAAGCAAGGAUGUCCACUUUCCGCCAGGAAAGGGUGGAAGACCACUAUGACAUGGAGGAAGAACUGGGCAGCGGCCAGUUCGCGAUCGUGCGGAAGUGCCGCGAGAAGAAAACGGGCCUGGAAUACGCGGCGAAGUUCAUCAAGAAACGGCGCCUGUCGUCCAGCCGCCGAGGGGUGAGCCGUGAAGAGAUCCAGCGGGAAGUCAACAUCCUCCGGGAGAUCCAACACCCCAACAUCAUCACCCUCCACGACAUUUUCGAGAACAAGACGGACGUGGUGCUGAUUCUGGAACUGGUCUCCGGCGGGGAGCUGUUUGAUUUCCUGGCGGAGAAGGAAUCCCUGACGGAGGAAGAGGCCACCCAAUUCCUGAAGCAGAUUCUGGAUGGGGUCCAUUACCUCCACUCCAAACACAUUGCCCAUUUCGACCUGAAGCCUGAGAACAUCAUGCUCCUCGACAAAAACGUCCCCAGUCCCCGAAUCAAACUGAUUGAUUUUGGCAUUGCUCACAAGAUUGAGACGGGAAAUGAAUUUAAAAACAUCUUUGGCACUCCAGAAUUUGUAGCUCCAGAAAUAGUGAAUUAUGAACCUUUGGGCCUUGAGGCUGAUAUGUGGUGAGUGAAAUAAUUCUUCUAUUUCUUAUCUUGCCCAUAAGGAAACCUGAGCGGCGCCUCCCCCUUCUUGGGGGAAACGAAGCAGGAGACCCUGACCAACAUUUCGGCUGUGAAUUAUGACUUUGACGAGGAAUACUUCAGCAACACCAGCGAACUGGCCAAGGAUUUCAUUCGGAGACUGCUUGUCAAGGACCCCAAGAAACGGAUGACAAUUGAGCAAAGUUUGGAACAUCCAUGGAUCAAGGUGAUCAAAAGGAGGAACGUCCGCAACGAAGACAACGGCAAGAAGCCAGAGCGACGGCGCCUGAAGACCACACGGCUGAAGGAGUACACCAUCAAGUCUCACUCCAGUAUGCCGCCCAAUAACACCUACAUCAACUUCGAACGCUUCUCCAAGGUCAUGGAAGAGGUGGCAGUGGCCGAGGAGAGUCUGCGGGAGCUGCAGCAGAGUAAGAAGUCCUUCCGGGAGGACAUCGAGGCCCUACGGUCCAUCUAUGAGGAGAAGGAGUUGUGGUACAAGGAGGAGAACCAGGCCAUCAGUCAGGACCUCCGUCAAAUCCAGCAGGAGAUGCAGAAGACGGAGACCCUCAAGCGGCAAGCUCAGGAAGAAGCUAAGAGUACCUCGUUGGCGGCCAACCGGCUGAAACGGCACCUCCGGAAGCUGGAGAACCGCUACGAGGCCCUUGCCAAGCAGAUGGCCUCUGAGAUGAAGUUUGUCCAAGAGCUGGUCCGUUCGGUGGAGCUGGAGAAGCUACAGGUCGGAGAAGACGACUGUGGAAUUCGCUAAUGGCACCUUCUGAUCAAGUGGGAGAAGGUCAUCUCUUCUGGGUCAAGUCAACCCAUCUUAGAUUCUCCUACCCAUCCUUCCAGGGGCCAGGAAACCCACUGGCUCCUUCUCCCCCAUUGAAUCAUUUCCAAAAUUCCACGUUCCAUCAUGCAACGCUUCUGCUAGUAACCCCGCAUGGAGGGAAAAAAUUGUGCAUGCGGACAACUUUCACGUUCCUUCAUCUGGAGGUGGGAUGGGACGCGUGUGAAAUGCAGACCCCAGCAGGAGUCAGCAAGAGGGUCUCUCGGCCACCAGGGACGCCCCCUUUUCCCCACUGGCUGACGCUUUCUUGAGAACCUCAAACUUUGGAGAUAAUCUGGAAACCGUUCUCCCUGCAAGAGUUUUCCUGCUACAGAGGGUCAGGGAGAAGAUGUAUUCUCAUGGAUGUUGAGUUUCUGCAAACGUGAUCCUCAACCCCAGAGGGGCAUGACUUUCUAACUCAACUCCUCUAGGACAGCCCAUAUUUUGUCGAGAAUUAACCAGGAUUCCUGGGGUCUAGAAGUCAAGUUGGGUAGGGCGAGGGGGGGCGGGCAGUUCCAGAAAAAUCUUUAAAAGUUUCCCAAUUUUGCAAGGGUUUCAGGAGGGAGGGCGUCUCUCUUGAAUUGUGGCUUCACCC